AAGCGCUAAGUUUCGUUUUACGCUGCAGAUGGUCGCCGGGAGAGGUUCAGGCAGCGGGAUGCAUAAGCCAUUUCAUCUGCGGUGGAUAUUUUUAGCAAAUUUCUAUUUCUAUAGCAUGCAUUUAUACCGAGCCACAGAGGUUGCCUUCCACGUGUCCACACCUUCAUCUCCAGUCAAUGGACUCGUCCACAAAGAUGUCUUACUGCCCUGCACCUUUACUGAUGAGCCAGUUGACCUGAGCUACCUGUAUGUUGUAUGGAAACAUGGCGACAAAGACAUGGUGAAAUAUCGGGGCCAGAGCAACACGACAGACCCUAGGGUGGAGCUGUUUGAAAAUGAACUACGGCGUGGAAAUGCAUCUCUACUGCUUAGAAACCUUACCAUAAAGGAUGAAGGAGCACACACUUGUGAAGUCGUCGAUUCCCCAUACUCUGGAAAAGGCGUCGUCAGGCUCAGAGUUCUAGCUCCUCCACUUCUCCACUGCAUUCCUGCUUUCGUCAAAUCAGGUGAGGAGACCCGACUGGAGUGCCAGGCCAAAGACUUCUACCCUGCAGACAUCAAAUUCGCCUGGCAGGUAGGGGUGAAGAAAACAGGUCUCCAAAAUCCGGACUUUGUAAGCAAGGCCAGGCUCAAUGGAAGUUUUGAUGCCUCCAGCUAUUACCACUAUAUUCCCAACAGUGGUGAUGCCCCUGAAAAUGUCUACUGUGAGGUGCAGCAUGAGGCAUUGGACAGGCCGCUGAGGACAGCAGUCGACAUUAAAUUCAGAAGACGCGCCAUUGUGACCGUCUCCCCUGAGACUUUAGUGAAAAACGCUGAGCAGACACUGGCCUGCAAAGUUCAUGGAUACUACCCAGAUGGUGUGAAGGUGACCUGGCUAAAGAAUGGGCAGCCUUUAAAGAAACCCGUGUCUACAGAGAACCUGACAACUGAGGAGCAUUAUUCCGUGACUGUCACCAACAGCAAGAGCGUGUUCGAGUGUCAAGUGGAGCAAGAGGGUUUUGAGAGGCAAAUCAAGAACCUAAAGUAUCAAGUUACAGGUGGUGAUGUCAACAUUGCUGCUGUGAUUUUUGGAACUUUAGCGGCUGCAGUUGUGCUGAUCGGUCUUGGAGUUUUCUACUGGACAAAAAUUUGGAAGGCAAGCUUCUCCAUGUCAGAGAUUACUGUCCCCUCAAAAGUAUAUGUGGGUGAAGAAGCGGUCCUGGAAUGCAGCUUUGAAGAUGGUUAUGGUUUUACUGAGGUAGUGUGGUCUCUAAUGAAGCCAGAUGAUUCUUGGGAGAAAAUUGAUAACAAUGAUUCCUAUUUGGUGAAGACCUUUUGGCCAGGAGAAGUAAAUGUACAAGUCAUCAAUGAGCACACUUCCCUCAUAUCCGGUGACAUUGUACAAGAAUGUAGAAGAGAGAAUCCAAAACAAGGAAUCACUACUUUGAAAUUUGUGACAAAUGUGGAGGAUCAUGCAAGUGUAAAAAUAAAAUGCAAGGUUACUUGUAAUGGACGCCAAUUUCAGAAGCCCUCUUCUAUGGAAAAGGUUACCACGAUCCACUUGUUUGCAUAUCCUGUAUUGGUGUUUAGAGAUGUUUCAGUGAUGAAUGAGUCUAAAGGCAAGUUAUCCAUUGAAGCAAUGAACUUCUACCCACGCCCUAUUGAAUUUUACUGGCUGAAGACCUCAGACAGUGACACAAAUAAGGGCACAACAACUCCGAAUGAGCAAGGCCUUUACAGCCGCAGUGACACAUGCAGUGUAUCCUGGGAGGAUUUAAGAGACCCACAGUUCAUCAAGGAAGUAGUAAUUUUUCACCCAUCUCUGGAGAACCCAACUAAAAAGAAGUUUGAGGGGGGCAAACCAGGGAUAGGAGGAAUCCCUGUGGUUUCUGACAUCCAAGUCUUAUCUCAUGUUGAGAUCGGUAGACCCUGUACGUUGCAUUGUCUUAUUUCGGACUUCUAUCUGAAUGAUAUCCCCACUGUAACAUGGAUUCAAAGAAGGAAGACAUGUGGAGAGAAAGUGACAAGUGUGGAGGAGCAAUGGGAACCAACAUUUACACUCUGUGGACCUUUUAAAAAAAAUGAAAGUCGCUCCUACUUGGUGGCUCAGGCUGAAUUCACUGCCAGUUGCAAUAACAUCAAGGACGUGGACUUCAUUUGCAGAGUGGAGCACAAGUUACUGGAUGAGGCAGUGGAACGGCACACAGGCCAGCUGAACGUCGCUGGCAUCCACAACCGUCCAAAAGUGUCCCAGCUGACUUGCAUUCCAUCGAUAACGAAUGGCCAUCCCUGCACCCUGACCUGCACCAUUUCUGACUUUUGUCCAAGGGAUAUUACAGUAACCUGGCUGAGUCAGAAGCAGGACGAAGAGCCCACCGUCAUGCAUCAGGACACUAUGACCCCCUACCUGUGUGAGAAUCAGUUGUACACUCUGGUGGCAGAACUAAAUACAAUGAAAGAAAAUCUCACGAAUACAAAGAUCAUCCUCAGAGUGGGACACACUACUUUAAAGAACGAUAUUGAGAGGCACUUCAAGGGUCUGAGUGAUUCCUAGACAACGAGAGAGAAAUCAGCGAGGUCUUUGGUGUCACCUAAAAAGACCCCUCAGUCUCUCUUCUUUUUAAUGGAUUUGUUCAGCAGCAUGCAGGACUGAAGGAGCAGAACCAGCCAAGCUCAUGACUGUCAUCAUUGAAUGACCACCAGAGUUAUUCUUCACAUACACUAAUUCUGGAGGGACCAAAGAGUAAUUCCAUCUUUCCUACACUCUUCAAAAUGCUGGUUCUUUAAUGGGACUUCAUGGUUCUUUACUAGACAGUGUGGUUCCUCUUAGAGCCAUUGCUUGACAAAGAAGCAUUUAACUCUGGGAAGGAUUCUUUGCAUAUGAAGUUUCUUCUUCGUACUUUGAAAUAAUUCUCAAUAUGUAGGAAAAAAAAAUGAAAUCUUUAAUGUAUGGUGGGCUGCAAGCCACCAACAGAUUAAGGAAACCUCGACUUAGCCUGUGUUCUUGUACGCACUGAGUCCGUUUUAAAUUCUGAGCCGUUGUUAUUUCACAAAUCUGUUACCAUCAAUUCAUAGUUGUUCACUGUAUGGAGCCUGUUACAGAUCUACCGUAUAUACUCGCGUUUAAGUUCUCCCUCCAGAUAAAUUGGGGAUUGAGUUAACCGUAUAAUUUCGGAUAUUUUAUAAUGCUAGUCAUAUAAGUCGAACACGGAAAACUAACACUGUUGGUCCAAGAGAUUAUGAUCUUCUAACACCGACUGAGAGGGUAACCACGGAGCACACAGCCUUUUGUUUCUCUCUAUUGUGUCUACGUGACCACACGGUAAUACCCAAAUUAUUCU